AUGAGCAGUGCAAGUAGUGUUGUGAAAAUAUCAAAUAUAUCUAAUGAUGAUUUAUUUUUGUGUCGUGCUUUUGCAAAAGCAAUUUCAUCGGAUAAACUUAGUCAAAUUAUUGAACAACAAACAAUUUUAAAAGAAUCAACAUCUGUUGAAUCGAAUGUUCCAUCAAAUGAUAAUGUUGAAAUGAAAGAUAAUUCUUCAUUACCAUCCGAGGAUAUUCAAUGGAAAAUUGGUGAUCUAUGUUUAUGUCCAUAUAGCGAAGAUGGUCUUUUAUAUAAAGCUACUAUAAUUGAUAUAUCAUUAUCAUCAUUAACAUGUUCGAUUUCAUUUGAUGAUUAUGGAAAUGAAGAAAUUCAUCCAUUAACUGAUUUACAAAUACGAACUGAAGAAGAAGAACAACAACAACAACAACAACAACAACAAGAAGCUUUAUUAUCAAUAGAUGAACAUGAUAUAUUACCUCCUCCUCCUCCUUUUCCCAUAUUAAAUCCCAAUGAUGAUAAUGAUGCUCUAUCUUCUACAUUAAUGUCAUGGUAUUUAGCUGGAUAUCAUACUGGAUUUUAUCAAGGAAUUAAAGAUAGAAACAAUUUUGAAAAAUAA